AUGCUGAUACCUACACAUAGCCGUAUUAAUGCUAUACUGGACAUUAACAUGAGUCCUACGAUUGCAGAGCUCUCGGGUAGAAUACUGUCCCAGCAGCGGUACUCACAAAUACUGGAGCAAGGCAAAUGGCUACUAGGGUUGCUUAAAGGGGUUUCCUUUGAUAUAGGUGCCAAGGAGGGGAUGAGGUGUGUUUCCCCCGUUGUGUUACCGUACGGUUCUAUUGUGUCUGGCACCUCGUUAAGAGAUGGCGACGCGGAUUACAUCGUUUCUUUUCCGCUUGCCUCGGAAAGCACAUGCCAGAGCAUCGCAUGCGUUAUUGAACGCGAGCGCCAGGAAAAACUUCUUUCUGACAUUUUUGUUCAUAUUCGUAAGAACAACCGGGAUGACGAGUUAUAUCCACAACGAAUUUUUCGUGCAAGAGUGCCAAUUGUUCAGUACGUGCGUAAAAGUGCAUGUGAGAUCAGCAAAUUUGAUAUUUGUCUCUCGUUGGGCGGGCUGAAGAACUCUUUGCUCCUUAGGCAGUACAUGGCAGGUGAUCCUCGACUACGGUUGGGGGUCUUAGGCGCGAAGCAAUGGGGUCGAGAUCACCAGAUACUAAAUACACGUCGAGGCUGGAUCUCGCCAUACGCGCUGUCCAUCAUGUACAUUCAUUUCAUGAAGUCGACAGGCCGCACAACUUUUGCAUUUGACGAAGAGGCAGUUAGUCAGCGGGUAAAUGAGAUCAUCUCCACUGCAGCGGAGUCCGAAGGUGACAUCAGCCAAGUCGAUGAAUUGGCUUCAGUUUUGCCUCUACAAGAUGCAGACAUUUCUCUUGUGCAAAAGGACGUAUUUGAUUUCUUCGCCUUUUACAGUACUCCUGGUGGGUUUGACUUCGAUGCUUCUGUAGUCGAUAUCCGUUCGCGAGAACGCUUCUCUAGCAAGGACCAAUGGUGUGAAUCUCUACAUGAGCUUGACGAGAAGGAGCGCUGGCAGCUUUUAGGUCACGAGGUUAUCCUUCUCAGGGAUCCGUUUGAGCCUCACAGCCUAGGGCGAAGCGUUGAUUUCUUUAGAGGUGAAGAGAUCAGAGAGAAGUUUCGCUCGGCUUCUGUAAAAAAAGAACCGCUUUCGUUUUUUGCGUCGCUUUGA